AAUGGAUUUGAAGAAAAGCUUAAACUCUCUGAAGAUGAAACAUAUCUCUCGGUUGAUCCUCAUGUUCAUCAUGAACAGUUUUUUCAAAGAUCUAACUUGAAUAAACAAACCCAAGCAGGGGAGAGGUCACUUGAAUGUGAUGCUUGCCAUAAUAGGUUUUCAGAUAGCUCUAGGUUAAUUAAACAUAAAAAAGUUCAUUCUGGAGAUAAGCUACAUGAAUGUGAUGAUUGUCAUAAAAAGUUUUCUAAUAGUUCUGCUCUAAGCAGCCACAAAAAAAUUCAUUUAAUAGUUAAACAUUAUGAAUGUGAUGUUUGUCAUAAAAGGUUUUCUUUCAGUUCUGUUUUAAUAAUUCACAAACGUAUUCAUUCAGGAGAAAAACCAUAUGAAUGUAAUGUUUGUCAUAAAAAGUUUUCUAGCAGUUCUCAUUUAACAACACACAAACGAGUUCAUUCAGGAGAUAAACCGUAUGAAUGUGAUGUUUGUCAUAAAAAGUUUUCUGUCCAUUCUAAUUUGAUGGAACACAAAAAACUUCAUUCAGGAGAGAAACCAUUUGAAUGUGAUGUUUGUUAUAAAAGGUUUUCUUUCAGUUCUGCUUUAAUAAUUCACAAACGUAUUCAUUAAGGAGAAAAACCAUAUGAAUGUAAUGUUCGUCAUAAAAAGUUUUCUAGUAAUUCUGUUUUAACAAAACACAAACGAGUUCAUUCAGGAGAUAUACCUUAUGUAUGUGAUGUUUGUCAUACAUAAAAGGUUUUCUGACAGUUUUAGUUUACGUAGGCACAAAUAAAUUCAUACUGGAAAUAAAUUUUAUAAAUCUAUUGUUUGUCAUGACAACUUCACCCAGAAUAGUGGUUAUGUUGUAUUAUUUAAAUUGUUGAAGCAUCAAUGGAACAAACAUUCUAAUUUUUAACUCAUUCACAUUCUGUAUAUAUAAAUAAAAAGAUAAUGUUUAAGUUCUACUUCUAGGUUACUUAUAUAUAUCUAUGUAUAUAUACAAAUAUUGCAAGAGGUUCAUUGCAUAAAUUUUAAUGUAAUUAAAAGGUUAGAGUUAGAGAAGAUUGUUCUUAAUAAAUUAUAAUAGUAAAUUACCCAUUUUCGACCAUCCUUGCAGCUAAACAUAUAGUUGAUCUUUUUCUUUGGUCUCAGCGGGGUCAUUCCCUGACACAACUAUCAGUUUCUAAUGCUUGAAAUAGUAAAUCCACAUACAAGUUAUAAAUUUAAACGCAAGAAGACUAAACCUGCAACGGUUAUGUUUUGACAUUUUGGUAUUGUAUUUUUAGCAUAAUUUAUGCUUUGUUUUGUUCAUUUUUUUUAAAAACACUUUAAUGAAAAAAUGUCUGUAGUCAUUUGCUGUGGGACUGUAACAUUCAAUUAAAAAUCACUAACAAAAUGUAUCAAUUUUUUAUAUUUUUUUUACUAAAAACUUGUAUUCUUACAUUAAUUCCAAUACGACCUCUGUGUGUUGAAUGCUGGGGUUUAUUUGAGCUUUUUCUGAUGAUUUAAUGCCUUAACAUACCAGGUAGUUGAGUUCAGUGUCAGACAACAAAGGUUUGUUCGGCAUGAGAUGCAAAGUUAACAUUUGACUUUUCAAACUGUUUAGAUAUUUUUCUGCUACUUAUUAGUAAAAAAAAUUUUUUUAAAUAUGUUAAAUGUUAUCCUUAUUCAACGUCAUUCAAAUGCAAAAAUAUAUGCAGUGUCUUUCUAAUCAUGGAUACUGUAAACCAUUUAAAAGACUUAUAUGAAUAUAUUCAAUAGCACAUUUUACACCACAUUGUCACACCCUACAUACACAUGUUCAAAUGACUUAUGCACAUGUAUUAACAGAAUUUUUUUUUUCAUAAAGAUGUUUUAAUAACGAGCUUUUUGUAUAAUAAUGCACUUAAAAAUAUAUAACUUGCAGUAUUUUAAA